UUACUUUAAUGUAAUAUAGUCAUGCAACAAGCAUAUAUAGAUGUAAAUUGUUCUGUGACCGCUUACAAAACUCUUAUUGUGUCCUGUAUCUACCUUUACCACUUAGAAUGUUAAUGAAAUCUACGCCUCCCACACUUCACCAGCCAAAGAAGUACAAAGAAACAAACAUUUUGCACUCCAAGCGAACUUCAGAUGACAGGUCAGAUCAAUCAUCAGUGAAGUCUACAGACAGCAGUAGCUAUCCUAGCCCCUGUGCUAGUCCUUCUUCUCCAAUGUCGGGAAAGGGUUCCAAAUCUCCGUCACCAAGACCAAAGAUGCCAGUUCGGUACUUUAUAAUGAAAAGUAGCAACUUGCAGAACAUUGAUAUUUCUCAACAGAAGGGUAUAUGGUCUACUACACCAAGUAAUGAACGAAAACUAAAUCGAGCGUUUUUGGAGAGCUGCACGGUUUACUUAAUAUUUUCUGUUCAAGGGUCCGGACACUUUCAGGGUUUUGCUAGAAUGGCUUCAGAAAUAGGGUGUGAGAAAAGUCAAGACUGGGGAUCUGCUGGUUUUGGAGGUGUAUUUAAAGUGGAGUGGAUCCAAAAAGAAAACAUUCCUUUUCAGUUUGCACACCAUUUACUUAACCCUUGGAAUGACAACAAGAAAGUACAAAUAAGCAGAGAUGGCCAGGAGCUGGAACCACAAGUUGGAGAGCAGUUGCUACAGCUUUGGGACCGUACUCCUUUGGCAGGAAAAAGCUCAAGUGAUUGAGCAUGUCAACUAAAGUGACAGAGCUGGGGUUGUUGAAACAGCUAUGACCACUAGAACCAGCAGCGUGCCUACAACAUAAAGAUGAGGAAGAAGGCAGUGCAACAAGCUCCUGAAGUUGUUAGUGAUGCUGAGCAGCUAGCACUGGAAAAUUAGGAGGGAAUUAUGUUGGUUUGAGUAUUUCUUUGUCUUAACAAAUGUAACAUUGUUCACCAGCCUUUUUUUGACUGAAUUAUUUUUUUACAGUAGUAUGCAGUUGAUGUUUAAAAACGUGGUUAAGUUCAAAACUAAGUUUGAAACAAUGGACCACGUAUAAGUUGUUUGUGGGUUUAAAAUAGCACAGCGGUCAGUUUAAAUACACAGUUUACAUUUAAAGCUUUCUCAACACAGUAAAAUGUAUGAGAGAAACCAGUGUAAUAUUAAUUAAUCAAUCUUGCAGUUUGCUUAAAAUAAAUAAAUUGAGAAUAGGUGUCUCCAAAUAUAUUGGAAGAUUCCAUAAAUGUUGAACUUCUAUAUGCACAGUGUGAGAGAGCAGGAUAUAUGCAUGCAAACAACUGGGCAGCUGGAGAAUGUAAAAUUUUAAUUUAAAUACAUAAGUGAAAGGAGCAUGAGAUUUUUGAGAGUGGGUUGGUCCAAUGUGUGUUUUGAGUUUCAAUUAUUUUUCACCAUUAAAAGGUACUCACACUUUG